AUGCGGGAUCGCACACUCUGUCAUGCCUCCGCAUACUCGUCAUCAGAAGAACUAGUAAGCAAAGACGGUUUUCACAAGUAUGCGAUGAAUAUGCGGGACUGCAAACUUGAUGUGCGGUGCAUAUUCGUCCUUCCACAAGCCAGAUUGGGAACAAACGAGAAGUUGAUUAUAUCAAUUUUGGGUCACAGAAAUGCUGCUCAACGUAAAUUGAUUAGAGAGACUUAUGCUGAGACUUUUGGAGAAGAUCUCCUUAAAGAAUUGGACAGCGAACUUACCAAUGAUUUUGAGGAGGACUUUGAUAAGAAAGCUAACACUUGUGUUUACUUUUUCCUUGACUAUUUCUCUCAGAAAUUGCUGGUAGUGUGGACACUAGAUCCUGCAGAGCGCAAUGCUCAUUUGGCUAAGGAAUCUACUAAGAGAUGGACAAAAAGCAACUUUGUUCUUGUGGAGAUAGCUUGUACCAGAUCUCCUAAAGAACUGGUUUUGGCAAGGGAAGCUUAUCAUGCUCGUUACAAGAAAUCUCUUGAAGAGGAUGUUGCUCAUCACACUACUGGGGAUCACCGCAAGGCAAGAAUGUCUUUGUCUAUGGAUUAUGGAACUCCACUUUGCAAUGUAGAGUCUAAGCUUUUGGUACCUCUUGUGAGCUCCUACCAAUAUGGAGGAGACGAGGUGGACUUGCGCCUUGCUAAAGCAGAAGCUAAAGUUCUCCACGAGAAGAUCUCCGAUAAGGCUUAA